GGUCUCAAACUGGGCUCAAGCGAUCCUCCUGCCUCAGCCUCCCAAAGUGCUGGGAUUACAGGCGUGAGCCUCCGAGCUCAGCCUUUAUAUAGGGUCAGUGUGUUAAGUACAACAUAUCAUCUAUGCUUAAUUUGUUGAAAGUUUUUAUAAUAAAGUUAUGUUGAAUUUUGUCAAAUACUCUCCCUGCAUCUAUUGAAAUGAUGAUAUGGUUUUUGUCCUUCAAAAGCAGGAUUCCAGAGUCUAGAAUCAAUUCUGCCAAGUUGGCCAUGCCCCUUACAGAAUGCCACUUGGUAGGAGAGUGUGUGUUUCCCUGCAUCUUCACCAGCACUGGGUGUUAUGGUCGUGUCGGAUUUCUGCUGUGGUGCGCGGUGUGUGACGGGCCCUCACCUGCUUGCCCACCUGCUCACUCCUUGUUGCCCCCCCACCCACAUGUCUUUCAGCCCCGCCGCACCACCUGGGUCUCCACCAUGAACGGGCCUGCCCUGCAGCCCUCCUCGGCCUCCUCCCCGCCCUCGGCCUCCCCGGCGCCGGCCCCGCGGGGCUGGAGCGAGUUCUGUGAGUUGCACGCCGUGGCGGCGGCCCGGGAGCUGGCCCGCCAGUACUGGCUGUUCGCUCGCGAGCAUCCGCAGCACGCGCCGCUGCGUGCGGAGCUGGUGUCGCUGCAGUUCACCGACCUCUUCCAGCGCUACUUCUGCCGGGAGGUGCGCGACGGCCGCGCGCCGGGCCGCGACUACCGGGACACAGGCCGUGGGCCCCCCGCCAAGGCUGAGGCGUCCCCGGAGCCAGGCCCCGGCCUCGCCGCCCCUGGCCUGCCCAAGGCCCGCAGCUCUGAGGAACUGGCCCCGCCGCGGCCGCCCGGGCCCUGCUCCUUCCAGCACUUUCGCCGCAGCCUCCGCCACAUCUUCCGCCGCCGCUCGGCCGGGGAGCUGCCAGCGGCCCACACCGCUGCCGCCCUCGGGACCCCCGGAGAGGCUGCUGAGACCCCCGCCCGGCCCGGCCUGGCCAAGAAGCUCCUGCCCUGGAGCCUGGCCCGGGAGCCGCCACCCGAGGCGCUGAAGGAGGCGGCGCUGCGCUACAGCCUGGCCGACGAGGCCUCCAUGGACAGCGGGGCGCGCUGGCAGCGUGGUAGGCUGGCGCUGCGCCGGGCGCCGGGCUCCGAUGGCCCAGAUGGCCCCGACCGCGUGCUGGAGCUCUUCGACCCACCCAAGAGUUCAAGGCCCAAGCUACAAGCAGCUUGCUCCAGCAUCCAGGAGGUCCGGCGGUGCACACGCCUUGAGAUGCCUGACAACCUCUACACCUUUGUGCUGAAGGUGAGUGACAAGGCUUUUCACACCCUGGGGCAAUACAAAUACAUACACAUACAUCAGACCCAACCCUGUUCCCUUCCUUCCUGCCAGGUGAAGGACCGGACAGACAUCAUCUUUGAGGUGGGAGAUGAGCAGCAGCUGAAUUCAUGGAUGGCUGAGCUCCGGGAGUGCACAGGCCGAGGCAGGCUGGAGAGCACAGAAGCAGAGAUGCAUAUUCCCUCAGCCCUAGAGCCCAGCACAUCCAGCUCCCCAAGGGGCAGCACAGAUUCUCUUAACCAAGGUGCUUCUCCUGGGGGGCUGCUGGACCCAGCCUGCCAGAAGACAGACCAUUUCCUGUCCUGCUACCCCUGGUUCCAUGGCCCCAUCUCCAGAGUGAAAGCAGCUCAGCUGGUUCAGCUGCAGGGCCCUGAUGCUCAUGGAGUGUUCCUGGUGCGGCAGAGCGAGACGCGGCGUGGGGAAUACGUGCUCACUUUCAACUUUCAGGGGAUAGCCAAGGUAUGGGGCGGGGCAGGCAGGACCGUGCCACUCCUCUCCACUGGAGUUCAGGGUCCUAGAGGGACAGCCCGAGCCCACCAUCCUCUCCUCCCACAGCACCUGCGCCUGUCGCUGACCGAGCGGGGCCAGUGCCGUGUGCAGCACCUCCACUUUCCCUCGGUCGUGGACAUGCUCCACCACUUCCAGCGCUCGCCCAUUCCACUCGAGUGCGGCGCUGCCUGUGACGUCCGGCUCUCCAGCUACGUGGUAGUCGUCUCCCAGCCACCAGGUUCCUGCAACACUGUCCUGUUCCCUUUCUCCCUUCCUCACUGGGAUUCAGAGUUGGGCCUUCCCCACCUUAGCUCUUCUGGCUGUCCCCGGGGGCUCAGCCCAGAGGGUCUCCCAGGGCGAUCCUCACCCCCCGAGCAGAUCUUCCACCUGGUGCCUUCGCCCGAAGAACUGGCCAACAGCCUGCGGCACCUGGAGCCUGAGCCUGUGAAUCGAGCCCGGGACUCGGACUACGAAAUGGACUCAUCCUCCCGGAGCCACCUGCGGGCCAUAGACAAUCAGUACACACCUCUCUGACCAGAGAGGAAUUCCAGGCCUCAACAGCUGCCCUUGAGGAACACAGGCAGAAGUGUGAACUUGUGAAUGUAAUUGAUCUUUCCUUCCUUCCAGAGAGAGAUUUAAGGGACACUGUUAACUGCUCGUGCCAGUUUGGACGUGACCCUUCUAUUAGGCCUGUUGAAGGGCCCUCCUGUAAGUUUCAUCUAUCACCUGGCUUUCUCCUUAUUGUUUACAGAUGUAGUUCUUGUUAGAGGAUGCCGCUAGCUCCUGCCCGGGGUCCCUAUGCCCAGUCCCUGUUACUCUUAGAGAAAGGAGUUGGGGUGAGGGCCAGAGCUGGCAGUGGAAACUUGUUCUCUUUUUCACUGACACUGUCACAGCAGAUGACAGACUUUCUACGGGAAGUGGGGGUCAUCAGGAAGCCCAGAACACUAAUAAGCGGUUCUCCCAUCUACCGUCAGUCCAUGUGGCAGGUCUACUGUGUCCAUGCCACAGAUGACCACACCUAAUCCUGCUUCUACUCUCAGCUUUAGGACAAAAGCUCUGUCAGAGGGACAAGCUGAAGGUCAAAAAUGAUUUUAAACAUUUUACCUCAGACUAAUUUCUUUAAAGGAUUCAGGUUCAAAACUAAACCACUGCUUAUUUCAGUGCACUGUUUCAACUAACACCCAUGCAAUUUUUGUAGUCGGAGAGAGCUAUGCAAACCCUACCUAAUUCACAGUCUGAGCCAGCACGCUGACUUGUCUGCUGCAUCCUCGGGACAGUCACUGCUGCUGAGCGGCCACUGUCCUUCCUAAAUGUCAAGAAGUGAAGUAUGUCACCCUUUCAGGGAAAUUCAGGCAAUUACUGAAAUAGGGUGGCAAAGAACGGUUCUACCCUGGUGCCUUACGAACAAAAAACUGGAUUCUGGUUUACAGCAGCUUUACAGUGGUAGUUAAAUUAACUGGGGUUGGGGGAAGAACAAGCAAAAAAGGAAGAAGGACUCCUGGGCCCUUUCUAGUAAAUCCUUCAACAACAAGGCUGGCUCGGUGCCCUCCAAGCAUCUAAUGGCUUAUUAAAUUAUCCCACAAGUGGGUUUUGGGCUCCUUUUUUGAGCCAAAAUGGAAGCUGGGAAUCUGGUGCCGUAACUAAUGAGAAACUCUUUUAAUAGCCCACAAUCAGUGUUCUGUUCCAGCUGGCUACUGCUUCAUUGGAUUGAGAAUGUAUCUCCAUGCACACAUGGGCGCACACAAUCUCCACCAUCCAGGGAGGUCCUGAAGUCAAAUCUCCAUCUAUACAAGUGCUACAAUUCAUGGGGGGCUGGCUCCUCCCAGAAUCUUUGUCUGGAGGCUCAGAAACAAGGGGGCAGUGACAGUGGAAUCAGCUGCUCUUGGGUGCCAACAGAGCCAUUCAGUACAACCCCCAGGCUCACGGCUGUGGCUUCUAGGAAACUGGGAGUUUAGAUCAGCUUUACAGAUACAUCAAUCAGAGGCUAAAAUAAAACCUUGGCCUAAAACUCGCAGGACUGACUGCCUGGGAGGAGGGUUAGGUCUGCUCCUUCUACUUAGUCUCUGUACUCCAAGAGGUCAGAUUUCUGCUUUUAGAAUUUUCUUUGGGUCUUUCAGAGGGUGGGGAAACAAACCCCUCUGCACCACUGUUUUUCUUUCUUUUUUUUUUUUUGAGACGGAGUUUCACUCUUGUCAACCAAGCUGGAGUGCAGUGGUGCGAUCUUGGCUCACUGCAACCUCCACCUUCCUGGUUCAAGCAAUUCUGUCUCAGCCUCCUGAGUAGCUGGGAUUACAAGCGCCAGUCACCACGCUCGGCUAAUUUUGUAUUUUUAGUAGAGACAGGGUUUCGCCAUGUUGGCCAGGCUGGUCUCAAAUGCUUGACCUCAGGUGAUCCAUCCACCUUGGCCUCCCAAAGUGCUGAGAUUACAGGCGUGAGCCACCAUGCCCAGUCUGUACCACUUUAGUACCAACACUCCUGGGUGAUUUCAUGGACCCUAAAGCAGACCUGACACUGAUCCAGAUUUGCAGUCCAUUUUUAAGGACACCUGUCUUUAUCUCCUCAAAGUCAAGCAGCUUUCUCUGGAAAAUGAAUGCUAACUAGUGUGAACCAAAAGAGUAAGUAAUAGUCUGAAGUUUUUUUAAAGGAGAAAGCUCAAAAGUCAUUGGUCCUCCCCUCCGCACAGGAAAGAUGCCCAGUAGAUAAUGAACCAAAUUAAGUUCCUUCCCUCCAGCCAGAAGUUAAACAUCUGGGAUAUGACGUCUUCACACCAGGGGCACUCAUUUCUUAGCAGCCUCUCUACACACAUCUCUCAGGUGGUGCCAAGAGGCACACCAGGUAGAGCAAACUUGGCAGCUCUAACAGGCUGCAAAGUACAACUUCAGAUUCCGUGGCAGAGAUUUGGAAAGCACCCACCUCCAGACUGCUUCCUUUCUAAACUCGUCCAAGUUACCAGGACAGCUCAAAUACAUGCUGACAAAAAACUCUCAUGGCCCUAGGAAGAAGUGACACUAAGCCAACGCCUUUUCUUUGUGCGGGAGCAGACCCAGCUGAUGAAGGGGUGGGCAGCAGUGUGGGGCAGGCACCCCACUGGCUGCAGCUAGCCCACCAUAGGCACAGCACAUCCCACCACUCUCCUUCUAGUCCCGACCAGGCCCCAGCCAGCAACUUCUACCGAGAGCCAUGGCUCAGUACCAAACUGGACAGUAGACAUCAUGAUCCCUCCAGUUAGCUCUAAAAUUACAGACCCCACCAGUAGAGCUUGACAGCUCCCGGCACCAUCACUUCCUUCAUCUGACUUUAUUGAACUUUUACAAACUAACAGUCACCAGCACCAAAGAAUUAAGUCAACUAACCUGCCUUGAAUUUUAGACCAGCAAUCCAUAUGGCUUUAUCUGGUAUAAAUCUUCUGCCUUUGAUCAUUUCUGGACCGUAGGAAAAAGGAAUAGCAAUCAUUAAAAUCUUGGGCCAGAGAACACUAUUUUUACAUAACAGUUUCUUAACCUAAAGUCAAGGCCUUGGACUCUUCCCUGAGGGUUGCCUGCGAUUCCUUCAUGCUUUCUAUUCAGGGCUAAGUCCCUUACUGCAAAUGUGUUAGCUCUAACAUCUCCCACAAGCUAGAGGAACUUGCGAGUAUAUUAACAAGGACACAUCUGACAUCCUGUAUUUGGUUAGAAUAUACAGCACAUUGUGAUAACAAAGUGGAUUCAUCUUGUAUCAUUAUAGGCAGAAGGUAUUUGGCAAAUUUUUAUGUAUUGUUUUAUGUACUGUACAAGUAACUUAUUCUUGAAUAAUGCAAAUUUUGCUAUAAUGUACAAAUUGCUAUAUGUGAAUUAAAAAGUUUUCAGAAUCUUGA